AUGCCUUACAAUAUUGCAAUGACCAGUGACUUUUUUUACCCCCAGCCUGGCGGAGUGGAAAGUCAUAUGUAUCAGCUUGCCACGAAAUUGAUUGACCGCGGGCAUAAGGUAAUAAUCAUAACACAUUCUUACAAAACCCGGCACGGGGUGCGAUACCUCACGAAUGGCCUCAAGGUUUACUAUGUUCCAUUUUUCGUAAUUUAUCGCGAAUCCACAUUACCAACAGUAUUCUCGUUCUUUCCCAUAUUCCGCAACAUUCUGAUUCGCGAAAAAAUUGACAUUGUUCAUGGCCACGCCUCAUUGAGUAGCCUCUGCCAUGAAGCUAUUCUUCAUGCCAGGACUAUGGGGCUAAGAACAUGCUUUACGGACCACAGUCUGUUUGGGUUUGCAGAUGCCGCAAGUAUUCUUACCAAUAAGCUGUUAAAAUUCACCCUGAGCGACGUUGAUCAUGUUAUAUGUGUGAGCCAUACUUGUAAGGAAAAUACUGUGUUACGAGCUGCCCUUGACCCAAGUAUGGUCUCAGUAAUACCCAACGCUGUCGUGGCCGAGAACUUCAAACCAGAUCCAACAGCGGCUUCAAAAUCACACAUAACAAUUGUUGUGAUAUCUCGCCUUUUCUACAAUAAAGGUACCGACCUUCUCGUUGCUGCAAUUCCCAGGAUUUGCGAGCUCCAUCCUUCAGUCCAUUUUAUCAUCGCAGGAUCAGGUCCCAAAGCAAUCGAUCUCGAGCAGAUGUUAGAGAAACACAUGCUUCAAGACCGAGUUCAAAUGCUUGGUCCGGUCCGUCACGAAGAAGUGAGAGAUGUCAUGGUUAGGGGUCAUAUUUACCUUCACCCGUCAUUAACGGAAGCAUUUGGAACAGUACUGGUGGAAGCUGCAAGCUGCGGGCUAUACGUUGUGUGUACUAGAGUUGGAGGAAUACCAGAGGUUUUGCCUAGUCACAUGACAGUGUUUUCGAGACCGGAGGAAGACGAUCUUGUCAGUGCGACUAGUAGGGCUAUCAAAGAGAUAAGAAUGGGAAGGGUUAAGACAGAAAAGUUUCACGAACAAGUCAAAAGCAUGUAUUCGUGGACUGAUGUGGCCGAAAGAACGGAGCGGGUUUAUGAAGGAAUCUGUAUAGGGGAAAGAUUGUUAGAAUUUUUGUUCCCUCAAAGUGGAAUUGAUAUCGCGCGGAGUUGGCCAAGAAAGGCCCCCAGAAUGACUGAUGGGGGUGGCAGAAGAGACAGAUCAAAUAGGAGAGGUUCCAACGUAGAGGCAGUAGUUGAAGAAGAUGUCAAUGGUGUUAGGGAAAAUUAG